ACACAACACAACACACGCCAGGCGGCUUCUCCCGAGCUCAGCACCCCAACGGCGCCAGUCAACGGACCAAAGGGUGGUGUCUGCGACAGACCAACUACCAAUUCACACCAGAAUCUGGCCUUUCAAGGAUGCCUACGUUACCCAAGUGCGUUACCCUGGUACUGCUGGCGUGCGUCGCGCAUGGCUUCAAGGGUUGUACGAAGGCAACGAUAACAACAGGCCACGCUUCUUCGCGAACCUUGUUCGCUGUGCGUGUGGCCUCCAGCAUCACUUCAAAAUCGCGCGAGUCUUCUCGGAUAUGCGCCCGGACUAUAGCUGCCGUAGAGAGGCGACCGAAGGUAAUGGUGGCCAGCAAGACAGCUCCGAGAGAUGAAGAGGAAGGGGUUGCUGGCGAUUUGAAGUCGAGGCUGAAAACGACGCUGCACAAAGCUGGGAAGAAGAGGGAUUGGAGAGCAGCACUGCAAACGCUCGAUGAAAUGAAACUGUCUCCGGGACUUGUGGACACGAUGUCGUACAACAUUGCCAUCACGGCUUGUGGGGGAAGGCAGCUGGGGAAGGCUUUGGAUCUUUUGGAUGAGAUGGAAGAGGAGGGGGUGACUCCCAACAUAUUUAUUUUCAACUCGGCAAUAAAGGCUUGCGGCGAUGCCGACGAGUACGAAAAGGCUCUUUCUCUUCUGGACGAGGUUUUUGGACGGGGAUUGUCCCCUAAUCUCAUCACCUACAAUGCAGCUAUCGGUGCGUGUGCAAAAUGUGGUCGGUGGCAGAAGGCUCUGGACCUCCUAGGCGAAAUGUCGGAGAGGCAAGUGGUUGCUGAUGUCACAACCUACAACGCCGUCAUCGAAGCGUUUGCAGGUGGGGAUCAAUGGGAGAAGGCCCUGGACCUCCUGAGCGACAUGUCGGAGCGGGGAGUGGUCCCCAACGCUAGAACCCGCACUUUAGCAAUCUCUGCUUGUGGAAAGCAAGGUAGCGGAAGAACACUUUGGGGUUAUUUGGGCCAACUGAAGAAAAAGCUUUAGGUCCCCGCUGGAGGUGCAAUCAUGAUAGACAACAUCCAACAGCUUCAGGGAAUAUUUCUUGUACCAUGAAGUAGCCGCCAGCCUCAUCUUAAUUUCUCACCGAUUCUCCGCGUUCGACAUACUCUAGGAAAUCGGUUUGCGAGAUCGCUCCCGUAUGACAACCACAACGGAACGCGCGGGUGAGUCCGUCGACCGAUGUAGUCGUCCACGCCAAGCAUGGGUGACAAUGGCUGCAGUCGGACAAUGCCAAAAGCAGGGCGACACGAGUGAGAGCAGGCCCACUACAGGCAGCCUGUCCUCGCGGUCAGUUAUUGUUGGAUCAACUCAGAGUUUGCAACCGCAACCGGAGGUUGACAGCUAGAGGGCGCGACAGGGAUAGAACUGCAAAUCAGGCUAUGACACACCCGGAUAGGAGAAUCUGUAUCCGCUACGUUCAACGUUCACGGCUGUAUUGUGUCCCGUCUGUUCGGUCUUUGGAUAUCGAGCAUGGGACAAGAUAGACAGAGCUGGUCGUUCUUGGUUUCGAGACUCCCAGAGUAUU